AUGGGACUGGCAACGUUGAUCGGCAUUAUCCCUGAAGAAAGGCCGGUGAAAAUUUGUUUUCAGCGCAAGAUCUGUCUCCUGAAUGAGUGGGAAAGGGGUGACGAUGAAUUAUCAAGCGGCCAGAAAUCAGUUCCGUUGGUCGACGAAAAUGACAAAGCCGGACGAAGCGGUCUGUCUUCCUUUGGAAAGCAGUUCUUAGCCGUUCCUCAAAGUGGGGCGAUACAAGACGAGGUAAACGUGACUUCGAAGAGCCGCGCUGACUCCAAAAUCUUACCUAAUGAGAAAAGUAUUGAUCAACGGUCAGGCAAAGCUCCAUUUAGCAUGGAACCGUUUCCGCAAUCGGUUCGUCCGGUCGACGUGAAACAGCUUCGAGAGUCUACCGUUAACGAACGUUCGGAACAUGUCGAUCAUAACAGAACUUCUUAUAUGAUAUCUGACAAAUACAUAACAUUGCUUCUUAAUACUAUGAAUCAAGUACUCUAUUCAUUGGAAAACAACAACUUCACUUUCCAACGUUCUGAGCAAGUGGCAAACAUCGUGGAUACUGUUGGGGCGAUUCUCAAGAACUUUGAAAAGCUGCACCUAAGGCAGGACACGAACACGUCUUCACCUGAAGAAAUACGACAGCGGCUUAGCAACGAAUUCACAAAGGUAUUCCUACAGCAACGCAAAGACAUGGCGAAAAAUCCAUUGGAGGAUGAGUUCCUUCGCCGAAUGACUGAAAGGCUGCUGCGAAACACUACAGACAACAGUGCGAUCGACGAAGACCUGAAUGACAGCACCGAACGUGCUCUGAAUGAGACUGACAGUUUUCCCAACCCCCCGUCAUUCAUGAGCAGCGUCGACAGUGAGGUGGACGCAUUUUUUUCAGACCGAAAUGAUUUCUACGCUUCUACUGAGAACAGCCAAUCUACAAGCGGUAGCGCUACGGUGGCGAACUUGCCUCAAGCCAACGAUCAGAACAAUGCUCGAAAGUUCACUGUUACUCAGCCUGUGACUCUUGAAAAUUUUAUCACUCCUGGACCUUUUCCUAUGGAUCAUCACAGCACCAACACCAUCUCAACGUUAUCUAACAAAGAUGUAGACUUUCCUGAUUUUCCUACGCCGCAAAGAUGGAACUUUAGCAGUAGCACUGAGAGUACGAAGGUGCCGCUAGCACCAGACAUGAGUUCUAAUAAUUUUACCAGCGCUGAGGUUGAUUUACCACUUCUUCCUACGUUCGUUCCCGCCGUAUCGAAACUACCUGCAUCGAUAGAUUUUCCUACGGCUGGUUCUCAAGCGAAGGAGGCGUCUAUGGCCAGAACCGGACCAAACGUGCCUACUACCAGUCAGGUAAAUCGGUCUUAUGUUAUGCCGACGGGUGCCUCGAAAGCACACGAUGUGCCUGGAGCUGAACAAACAACGUCAUCGUCGCGAAGCUACCCUGAACAUGUGACCUCUGCUUAUACGCCGUCGUAUACCACAGUGCUGCAUACAACAGCUUCUGCCACGGAAACCAUGGCACAGUCAUCGGUUACAACUGCUCCUGAAGAUACAGGAAUCGGUACCGUUGCGUCAACCGUGGUUUACAGGACUAAAGUCACGACAUCUACGACUGAUCCCCGUUUUGUACAGAUGAACGUUAGUGAAUACAUAUCUCCAGAAAGUGAUGCAUCGUCCACCACUGCCUUCUCCACGACAACUGUAACGGCAGACCGAAAUGAGGAAAUCAGCGAAGUUGAGAGGUUAUGGCUAGCUCACCAGGCUAAGAUGGGAACAUCCUCCAGCAGUACAACGACAACUGUUUCUACGACUACUUCGACUACUACCGAAGCUUACUCAACCAAAUCUACAAAAUCUGGACUGUCAGAAGAAUCCAAUGAAGGAGAAUAUCAGGGACCUCUGUUUGAGUCUACCCCGUUUAUAGAACCUCUUAGAAACGUGCCAAUGACUGCCUAUAUCACGCCGCCUAGUGGACACAUUGACGAAGACCGCUAUGUGAGCCAUUCAGAGAUUCCGGUUGAUGAGGUGAUAACUCGACCAUUGCACCAAACAAGAACGACGACAACUACGAUAAAAACUACAGAAUUGAUCACGGAAUUCGAAACGGAGGAGUACCCAAUGCCGGAGGCGACAACGACAACGACAACAGAACAGACAACAGCAACUUCGCCUGGUUCCAGUUCUCUUGUUCCACGCAACUAUUUCUCUUGGAGUCUUUCGUUCAAAGAUAUUGCGUGGAACAUUGCUUUAAGGGAUCCAUCUUCUUGGCAAUAUAAAAGAUUGUACGAAGACCUCCAGCCACAGCUAGCAAAAGUUUUCAAAUCUGUGCUGAAAAACGACUUCUUGGCGACCACGAUAAAGAACUUUUCCGAAGGAAGCGUGACAGUCAACGGCGAAACUGACACAGUCAGAAGCUUGGAGACGAAGCCACUGAUGAAAAACUUCAAUGACUUCUUGAGCCAAGCAUCGUAUUAUAUUGGUGUACACGAAAUUAAUCCGUCCAGCAUUAAGUUCAACGGUAGUCAUUAG